AUGUUUUUUGUUGUAUGCGUUACGUCUGUUCUAAGUAACAUUAAUAUACGUCGCGGAGGUUGGCUGGAUCGUGUUGUUGAAUAUUACAAGAACAGAUUCUAUGACGAUCUUAUAAAGACGCCGCCCGUCAAAAUUAAAGCCAGGAUCGAACGCCCUCCUCCCGGGUACAUAGACUCAAGUGAAUGGGACUAUAAUUCAGUGAUACGUCUCUUAAGUCUGUUACGAGACAGCGAAGAAUCAAUCGAAGUUAGACGAGUAAUAUCUCGCACUUUGAGAUCCAGUCGAAGAUUUAUGUCGAUAUCUGAAAGCUUAAAAGCAUUCCCGAGCUUAGCAAAGUAUCAACCGAACGACUUUUAUUAUUCAAUGGAUUCUGGUGAAUAUUACGCCGACGUGCCUGGCGGGAACGCGAAGCCAUUGUACGAUGAUGACGUCAUCGUAGUUAGCAAUCCGGUCGAGGCCAGACUGCCAAGCGCUAGGAUCACUACUUCCGAAGCUGCUACUGCCGCGGAAGUCACUGGCGGGACUGGCGGAAACACGACUGGCGGCGCCACUGGCGCUGCAACCAAAUAA